AUGGCGAAGCGGUGUAGCAGCAGGGCUGUCAUUCAGAUUUUCCUGACAGGAAUGUGUUUGGCAACAGCAAUAACAGCGUUCACCUUCGCCUUCGUUUUCGAGCAAUUCAUGGAUCAAUUGACGGAAAACUAUCGAGGUGAAUUGCGGUCUGAGAACCUGCCAUGCCUCAGAAGCACGUUAGAUGCCUGUGACAACGCGAUGGUGGAUAAAUGCUGGGAUUACUGCUGCCCGCCAGGCUACUUCUGUUCGCGAUCGCCCAUUGUCGGCUUGUACUGUCAGCACGGCCUUACUUCUUGUGGAGAGUUCAACUGGUGCCGUGACUUCGCAGACAUCUCACGGACAUGUGCCACAUCGGUCUGCAAGACCAACCAGAUGGUGACUCGUGUGACCGCAUGGUCUUACAUCCUUGCGGCCAUUGGCAUUUUCCUAGACCUUGUGGACAUCAUCACCAUUUUUACCCUGCCAGAUGCCGUGGUGUUCAAAGCCGCAACCAACGUGUUCUCCAGCCUUGUGAAGUGGUUGGCCUUUGGCCUUGUGGUUGGCGCUGGUACGCAGGGUUUCAUGGCGGAGCUCGAACAGUUUAGAUGUUUCAACGGCGGUGGCAUGCAACUGGUGGCAGAUGCUGGUGGGCUCUUUGUCUCCUACGCAAUUGUACAAGUUGU